GCGCAGUCCAUCUUAUUUUGGUGGUUGUGAAUUUCAAUGUUUUCAGGUUAUGAAAGUUGCAUAAAAAUACGAGAUAGAGUAGGUUAGUUAGUUCUAGGACAACUUUUGUAUUCGCUAAACUAGACCUUUGAGCUUUCAGUUGCGCCAGUGAACUUUUUUACCUCGAAAGUUUUUACAUCAUCCAUAAUUUUUUAACCUAUUACGUUCUGAAAUAUUGAAGUAUCUACUCACAUUGAGAGACGUAGUAAUCAUGGUACGACGAAAGAUUGAUCCUCCUUUUUCGUAGUCACAAAACUAACUAUUUUCCCAGGCGCCCACCGCACCCAAAAAGCGAAAUUCUAUGCGCGCAAAAGCUUCUCAAGCAGGCUCAGGUGUUUACGUUCCUCCUAAGCAUCGCGAAGGCGCCGUUAUAUCAGAUUCAUUCAUCGAAUCCAAGAAAGACAAACGAACAAUCAAACAUUCUGCCUUCGUCAACCGUAUUGAAAAAGCCAAUUCUAAACCGCUCAAGCGCAGACGCCCAAACAAAAAAUUGGUUACCACAUUAGAGAGUCUCGCAGAUGCAUUACCUGAUUUUGAAGGCGAGGGUUUGGAGAAAGUCAGUAGGGGAGAGAGUGGAAAGAUAAAGCAAAAGAGUUUAAAAAGUCGACCUGGAGCAACGAAGAAGAGAGAGAAGUUGGAGGCCAUGGAGAGGGAGAGAUUUGGAAAGAAUAUGGCACAAUUGGUUGGAGUUGCAGAGGAGAAGCCGAAGGAUGUCACUGCCGUGGAUGGUCAAGCAGUAUCAGCUGUCUCAGGAACUGCGAGUAGAUGGGCUGCGUUGAGAGGUUUUAUUUCGCAAACCAUGGAGCAAAAAGAAGAAUUCAAAAAAGCUUAAAAGAUUUUUCACAACGACAGCGACAAGGACAUUAUUUUCUGUUUCAAGAUACCCAGUUGCCACGUUAUGGUACGUCUUAUUGUUUUUUAUCUUUACCAAUCUACGGAGUACAAGUCUUUUUCACAUGAGGAGAAUACCCAUGGAUACGUUUCAUGCAGCGUGGCACAGAAAUAUGUAUCAUUCGAGUGGGUGAGAGGUUCGGUGUCAAGAAUCGCGUAUUAUGCAAAUGCAGAUGAUGACACUGCCGAUGCUAGUCAAACAUUGCAAAUACACAAUUUUCAUCAACAGCACUACGAAAACUAGACACUCAAACCUCUUCUGACAAAGAGAAACAACAGUGCCUCCCCGAAAGACCGGGAAACUCGCUCAGCUCUCUAUGAUGGGUAAUCACGUGAAAUAGCUUCCCCACCAACCUCCUGACGUCACCCCCUAUACAAGAACAUCAUAUCAAGUGCUACGUCCUUCAUGUUCCUAAGGUCAAUAGAACUCACAACCUUGGAAACAAUCCAAUCUUCACCAUGACAAUCUCCCCGGAAUCUCUCACUCAAAUACCAGCUUCAUUCGCAACUGUCUCAGUUGGCACAUCUUCCACCCCUCUCUCCUCCAAACUAUCCGCCAUAUCCUCAGCAGGCUUCACAGCCAUUGAACUCGGGUUUCCCGAUCUACUCUCUUUUGCAUCUAUUUUUCACAAAAGCGAAAUAAAAGAAAAUGACUACGAUUCGUUAUGCUCAGCUGGAACCGAAGUCAAAAAGCUAUGCGAGAAAAACAAAUUGGAAAUAAUGAUGCUACAACCAUUUUCGAAUUUUGAGGGUUGGCCAAAGGGUUCGAAUGAGAGGAAAGAUGCUUUCGAGAGGGCAAGGGGUUGGAUUCGAAUCAUGGAAGCUGUGGGUACGGAUAUGUUGCAAGUGGGAAGUUCAGAUUCGCCGGACAUAUCGUCGGAUUUCAAUGUUUUGGCGGCGGAUUUGAGGGAAUUGGCUGAUAUGCUUGCGGAACAUAAUUAUCGUCUUGCUUAUGAGAAUUGGUAAUUUACGCCUUCUUCUCCUCUUCCAUGAGGUUCUUUACCAUCCUUUCACCAUUCUUUACAAACACAAUCCUAACACCCCCUCCCUAUAGGUGCUGGGCGACGCACGCCCCAACCUGGCGCGAAGUCUGGCAAAUAGUCCAACUCGUCGACCGUCCCAACAUCGGUCUCUGUCUCGACACAUUCCAAACCGCCGCCGGCGAAUACGGCGACCCAUCCAUACCCACAGGCCUUAUUUCCCAUCUAGGAACCCAGGAAGAACUACACACGAACUUUACUCAAUCUCUCCAAUCACUCACUACCACCAUUCCCCCGGAAAAAAUAUACCUCCUGCAAAUCUCAGAUGCUUAUAAACCGCCCGUCCCCAUCCCGGAAACCCCACGAGAGAAAGAAAAAGAGGAACUCAGAGCGCGAGGAAAAUGGUCGCAUGAUUUUAGAGCGUAUCCAUUUAAUGGCGGUUACCUACCCAUUGUAGAAGUUGCGAGAGCAGUACUAGGAACGGGAUUUAGAGGUUGGUUUAGCAUGGAGGUUUUUGACGGUGGACCGGAUGGAAAGUGGGAGGGCGUGGAGAAUAUGGAUUUAGAGGCGUUUUGUAAGGGUGCGAUGGAGGGACAUAGGAAGUUAUUGGAGGAAUGCGGAAACACAUCUUCGUUAGUAUAGAAGGUUUCGGGUUGAGAAAUUGCCAGUCGAAGAAGGGGUAUAGUGAAAAGAACCACUCUCCAACACUAAAACUAAAAACAUUACCCAUUGACCAAGCUUUAAGGCACGAUAUAUUCAAAUUUAAUUCAUUAAUACUCAUGAGCUCUAUCUCUCUUCUUCCACAGCAGAAAGAAGCAAUCAUAACCCAUUACAAUAGCAAAAAGUCUCGCGAGCCCUUUAUACAAGCUGUAGCAUUCCAUGUGAUGCCAACAUUACGACAACGCACACGCAAAUCUCAUAUCAUCGUUCUUGAUGCUCGCACGCACGCAACCAACCAACCAGUUCCCAAAGCACAUUUUUU